AUGGAAGAAGCUUACAUAGCUGCGAAGGCUGAAGGAGCUUCUGCUUGUAAUGUACAGAAAAUGGCAACGGCUGUGCAAGCGCAAGCUGAGAAAAAGUUCGGAACAACAUUCGAAUCCGUGGCUGCUCAUGGAGAUUUCGUCGCCAAAAUCAAUUUCGCCGGAGACUUGAAUUGCAAAAUUGAAAUCGACGGGAAGUUCAUAAUGGCCUAUGCUACUCCUCUAGAUGAACAGGAAGUCAAUAUUGUUGAUGCAAGUUCAUUCUUCUCAGGAUCAGCUGAUCAAGAUCUGGAAGGUGUCAAUGGAACCAAACCGACCUACAUUGUCUAUGGACCUAUAAAGUAG